AUGUCUUUGGGUCUAAUAUAUAGAGUAUGAUUUUGAUAGCGUCAGGAUGUUUUUGAAAUAUUAACAUUUUGAAGGUGCUCCUUUCGGUUUCCCACAAAAAUUCCUAGAUCUACCGGUAGUUUCAAGUUAUUAUAGUCUAAUCUUUGGGGUAGGAAGGUGAUGCUUGUCAUUGUUUGACAAAAUAUUGAGAAACUGAAGUUUUAACUAGCUGCUAUUUAAAGUUCUUAAAUAAUAUUUCUCAUUUAGUUUAUUUGCUUUAGGUUUUGUCUUGCUUUUGUAGUUCUAUAUUGAAAUAUGCCUGGAUAUUUGCAGUUAAGAGUUGAGGGCAUUCUAAUAAGGGGACUAACGUGGAGCAAGCUUCUUGAUCCUGACAAAAAGGGUCAGUGGUGGUUGUCCAGGGAUAUGGCAGCCCAAACAGAAAAUGUGGUAGAGGUUGCUAGAAAUAUUGAUAAAGAGGUUCUUGAAGCCCAGAAUAUGCUACAGCUUGCUUCUGCUAUGGGAAUGAAUACUGAAAAUAGAAAGGCAAUCUUUUGUAUUAUAAUGACUGCAGAGGAUUACAUUGAUACAAUUGAAAAGCUUUUAAGGCUGGAUUUGCCUGCAAAGCAGGACCGAGAGAUUAUACGGGUUCUUAUGGUAUGUUGUUUGCAUGAGAAACAUUUCAAUAAAUAUUACACGGUACUGGCAUCCAAGUUGUGUGAGCAUGACAAAAACCACAAGUUUACUUUGCAGUAUUGCAUUUGGGACUACUUCAAUGAGCUGGAGUCAAUACCGCUUAUAAAAUCAAUGCACCUAGCCAAAUUUGUGGCGGAGAUGAUCGCAUGUUUUAAUCUCUCCCUUGGAGUUUUGAAACCCAUCGACUUCAGCAACCCCAUCGUGCUAACCAACAAAAGAAUUGUGCAUUUUAGGAUGCUAUUUGAGUACAUAUUUGAGUGUCCUGAUAAUCUCUUAUCGAAAAUUUUCGAUCGUAUAGCUGUCAGCCCAGAUCUUGAAAUUCUUCGAGAUGGCAUCAUGCUUUUCAUUAAAGAGCAUGUUGUGAGAACUAACAAAGAACUGGCUAGUAAAUUCAAGAUCGCAAAGAAAGCUCUUAAGUAUGUACAACCUGUCCUCAUGUAAGUUUGAUUACAGUAUUAUAAUCAUUUAUGCCAAGCCUAAAUUUUGUAGUUCAAAUUUUGCCCAUUUAGUUGCCAAUUUCUUCCAGGAAGUUGUACUUUUCGCAGAAUUACCAGUAAUCACCAAUGGAUUACUUGUUGAUUU